AUGAUUCCUAUAGUUUUAGAUGCGCAAAAUGUUAGCGGUAUUGCCGGGUCAAUCUCCAUUGCAUGUUGGGUGAUCGUUUUCGUUCCACAGAUUUAUGAGAAUUUUUAUAGAAGAUCUGCCGAUGGGUUGUCGAUGUUGUUCGUGGUUCUGUGGCUUGCUGGUGACAUUUUCAAUCUUUUAGGUGCGAUGCUUCAACAUUUAUUACCUACGAUGAUUCUUCUUGCUGCAUAUUACACCGUUGCAGACAUAAUUUUAUGGUUACAAUGUAUUUGUUAUGGAACCGAACAAAAAGUUGACCCUGUACAUUUGUCGCCUGCCAAUCCAAUCAAUGAGAGUGUACUUGAAGACGUUUUCAACGAACACCAACCGUUGCUGAGGUCUCACAAGCAUAAUACGGUUCAAACUGUUUCGGAGACUGCAACAGAAUCAUCAUCACAAGUCAAUGUAAGGGCCAAUGGGUCUGCCUCUGGUUCUGGCAGUAACACGAGAAGAAACCUCUUGAGAACCGUAGUGGUGUUGGGUGUCGUGUUAGGUGGAUUUUUGUCCUGGUAUGUUUCCUAUGCGAAUAAUCCAGACCGUGUCCCAGAAGAACCAGAUUUGUCCAUGAACUGGCUCGCGCAAUUUUUCGGCUACCUCAGCGCAGUGCUGUACUUGGGUUCAAGAGUGCCCCAGAUACUAUUAAAUUUCCAAAGAAAGUCCUGCGAGGGUAUCUCAUUUUUGUUUUUCCUGUUCGCAUGUCUUGGCAACAUUACUUUCAUUUUGUCAGUUUUGAGCGUCUCUGUGAAACCCCGAUACUUAUUGGUCAACGCCUCAUGGCUCAUCGGAAGUAUCGGUACCCUUCUCAUGGAUUUCGCCAUUUUCCUACAGUUUUUCCUCUACGAAUCUGAAUCAACGCCCAUGGAUGACGAACCGACGGUAUGA